UGCUGUGUGGCUAAACCCCAGCAUGUGAGUAAGAGCUCAGCUAUCUGCUACACAACAACGCUAAAGUGUCGUGAUCAGAUGGGUGUUAGCGCUGUUAGCAUCCCAACUGGUUGAUGGUUGAUGAAGAGGUAGGAUUAGAAAAUACAAACCCGGCAACAAAGUCGUUUUUUAAAAAAAAAAAAUCAUGUUGCAAGACAUUUACAUGACUGGAAACAGAAAUGCCUUCUUCAAUGUCCCGUUUGUUAAUUUUCUGUAAUUCCUGUCAACUUCCUCCAAAUGUCUGUAACCAUGUCGGACCAGAUCAUCCUCAUUCUUGCACGUUGCCUCACCGCAGACUGCUGGGCUUUUCACUGUCCGCACUGCCAGUAUCCAGACCUGCUAUCACGUAGAGAAAACUAAUAACCUUUUGACCUUUUUAGUAACUAUGAAGAUCUUGUGGAAAGCGGCGGUUGUCCUGAUCUCCUUUGCUGCAGCAGUGCACUGCCUUGACUGCCGCCAGUGUCCUAUCGGCAUAUUUGGACAAUGUUUUUUCGGAAGUGAUCUAACGUGUAAUAACGCAACUCAGAGCUGCUAUCGAGGAGAAGCAAAGUUCAAUGCGACAGGACCCAUCUCCUUGCACAUCCGCGGCUGCCUGGAUUCAGACCUGUGUGGGAAGACAUUGACCGGCAGCCUUCUGGGGGCAUCAUACACCAGCAGUUUCGAGUGUUGUACUACAAAUCUGUGUAACGGAGCCUCCACGGCACACAUCUCUCUGACUGUGGCCCUUUGUGCCGCCAUCCUGUCCGCCCUCUGGGGCUCCUGGGAGCCAUAGUGUCACGUGUUUAACUGGUCCAAUGAAUGUAUGUGUUUUGUAGCAACCUGUGAUUAAAAUGUGUCUCAGUCUUCCUAAUAACAUGUUUUACCAGACUGUAAAGCCUUCUGUCUUCUUGAAAUAAAGCUAAAUGUCGCCCUCUGUUGGUGGUAUAGUAACACA